UGUGUAACGUGUCUCUGGCAGCUGUGCGGCGAGGCCAGUUUGAUCCGAACGUUCUGUCAGUUGUGUUACAGAUUGCAACAAGCGUGGCGACUUUUCAAGCUGUGACGCGAAUGUUUUGUUUCGAGUACCUCCGAUUAUAAAUUUUUAUUGGAAGACCUUUAAACUAAAAUUGUAUAGGAUGUUUGGCAUCUGGAGAUUAGCAGUGCUAUGUACGGCAGCUGUGCUGUUUAUGCUGAGCGGCUGUCAUGGCCUUACUGUCAUGAGUGUGGACUUUGGCUCUGAGUUCAUGAAAGUGGCUGUUGUGGCACCAGGAGUGCCAAUGGAGAUAGCUUUAAACAAGGAGAGCAAGCGCAAGACUCCUGUUGCGAUUGCCUUCAGGGAUGGAGAGAGAACCUUCGGAGAUGAUGCUAUCACAGCUGGGAUGAGGUCGCCAUCUAGCGUAUUUAUGAACAUCCUGCACCUGCUGGGCAAGCCUGUGACUCACCCCAUAGUGGAGGCCUACAUAGCCGCCCACCCUCAAUACACCAUCUCCCCCCACCCUGUGCGGGAGACUGUCGUCUUCAAGAUAUCUGAAGAGCUAAGCCUGACUGUAGAGGAACUGGUGGCACAGCUGCUGAAGGAGGCGCAGGCGCAGGCGUCGGCACACACAGGGCAGCAGGUGAAGGACCUCGUCAUCACCGUGCCUGCCUUCUUCAACCAGGCCGAGCGCCGCGCCCUCCUGGAGGCUGCACAAAUUGCCGGACUGAAGGUGUUGUCGCUGAUAUCCAACAACGCGGCGGUGGCGCUGAACUACGGCAUGUUCCGCCGCAAGGAGAUCAAUGCCACGGCGCAGUACCUCAUGUUCUAUGACAUGGGCGCCUCCCAGACCACGGCGUCCCUAGUGGCUUUCCAGACCGUCAAGACCAAGGAUAAGGGCUACAGCGAAACCAACCCACAGCUCACGGUGCUGGGUGUGGGAUUUGACCGGACCCUGGGUGGCCACGAGAUGCAGCUGCGGCUGAGGGACUUCCUGGCGCGCAAGUUCGACGACAUGAAGAAGACGUCGACGAGCGUCUUCAGCAACCCCCGCGCCAUGAGCAAACUUAAUAAGGAGGCCGCCAGACUCAAGCAUGUCUUGUCCGCCAACACCGAGCACAUCAGCCAGGUGGAGAACGUGAUGGAGGACGUGGACCUGCGGGUGCUGGUGACGCGGCAGGAGUUUGAGGACCUCAUAAAGGACCUGGUGGCGCGGUCUUCUCAGCCCCUGCAUGACGCCCUUGCUGCUGCUGGGGUGGACAUGUCCGUGGUGGAGCAGCUGGUGCUGGUGGGCGGCUCCACCAGAGUGCCGGCUGUGCAGGAACAUCUCCAGAGCGUGUGGGGACGCGAGUUGUCCCGCAACAUCAACGCUGACGAGGCAGCGGCGCUGGGCGCCGUGUACAGGGCGGCUGACAUGGGGCAGGGCUUCAAGGUGAAGACCUUCCACGUCAGAGAGACCAACCUCUACCCCAUCGAGGUGGAGUUUGACCGGGAGGUGGAGCAGGAGGACGGCACCUCCACACAGAAGGUGGUGCGGCGGUCGCUGUUCGCCGUGGGCAACGCCUUCCCCCAGAAGAAGGUGAUGACGUUCAAUAAGAAUGUCGCUGACUUCGAGUACAGAGUCAACUAUGGCGCCGACCUCAUGACCACUGCCAGGCUCAGACAACAGUUCGGCAGCGUAACGCCAGCGCUGCGUCGGGCGCAGGUGACGGGCGUGACGAGCGUCUACGAGGAACACGUGACGCGCGGCGGCGCUGAGUUCAAGGGUAUCAAGGCCCACUUCCACCUAGACGGGUCAGGGCUGCUGCAAGUGGGGGAGGUGGAGCUCGUAGUGGAGCGCAACGUGACGGUCGAGGUCCCCAAGAGCAAGACGGACGAGGAGAGCGCCUUCUCCAAACUCGGCUCAACCCUCACCAAACUGUUCAGCGGGGAUGAAGAGGCUGCUGAGAACGCCACUGCUACGGAGGAUGCUGCCGCGGACGCCCCUAAAGACAACGCCACCCAGCCAGAGUCGGCUCCCCAGGUUCAGGUUGUGACAGAGAAGCUGUUCCUGAACUGCAGCGUUGAUGUGCUGGACCUGCCGCUGCUGGAGGGCGACCUGCUUUCUGAAUCCCUUAACAAGCUGUCAGCACUGAACGAGGUAGCGACGGCUCGAGAGAAGCGCGAGGCAGCGCGCAACAGCCUCGAAACACUCAUCCUGGACGUGCGAGACCGCAUGAGUCAACAGGCCUACCUCGACGCGUCACUCUUCGACACCCAGCAGCUGCUGGCGACCACCUGUGAUACAAUGGAAGAGUGGCUGUACGACGAAGGCUUCAACGCGGAGGCCAAGGAUUACUCCUCCAGAAUAUCGGAGUUGGAGACGAUAUUUGCGCCGGUGCAGCGUCGAGUGGAGGAGCACCAGCAACGCCCCCAGGCUCUACAGGCGCUGAAUAACAUGCUGAACAUGUCCUCGGACUUUAUGAUGAAGGCGCGAGGGUCACCCGAGUCACAGACCUGGUUUACUCCUGUCGAGCUGCAGAACAUGGACGACCUCAUAGUCAACACCCAGCGCUGGAUGGAGGAGGCAGAGGAGGCCCAGGCGCAGCUACAGCCUCAUGAGGACCCCAGCCUCAGUCUUAGCCUCAUCGCCGACCACAUCAACGACCUCGACAGGGAGAUGAAGUACCUGUUCAACAAGGCGCGGAUGGGCAAGGCUAAGGCUGACAAGGAGGCUGCUGAGGCUAAGGCCAAAGCAGAGCGUGAGGCCAAGGAGGCCUUGAAGAAGAAGAAGCAGCAAGAAGAAGACGAGGACGACGAGGAUAAAGAUGACGAAGAAGUUGAAGAUAAUAAUGCUGAGCAAAGCACCGAGACGUUGCGGGAGGCGCGCCCUGAGCCCCUGCAGCCCGAGGAGGAGGACACAGAGGCGCCCGUCAACCCUGACGCCGUGCGGGAGGAAGAGGAAGUGACGCACACUGAGUUAUGAUGCGCCACGGCACAGCCAACAUACCUGCUUACUCAAACCGUUGAUCUGCUGUCGCAACCCUUCGAUCUGCCCCCUCAACCCAUUGAUCUGCACCCUCAACCCGUUGAUCUGCACCCCUCAAACCUUCAACUUGUCCUCUCAACCCUCUGUUCCCUCCAUCCCUACAGCCCUCCUCUCACCACCCUCUACUCUGCGCAUUCUUCCUGCCAUCUACAGCUUGCUGUAGAUUUUAUUUUUACCCUGAUUUAAGAUCUCUUUAUUUGUUAUUAUCUGCAAAGGUAAAGACAUUCACCGACUUAAUUUUUCUGGCGCAUCUUGCUUACUUAUCAGGUAGGAAUAGCCUUGCAGUAACCCUACACUCUUCGAUUGAUUCAUGACUCCAUUAGUAAUAGCAUUAAUUAGAAGCAAACGCUUCAUGCACGGAAGAGGGACGAGCGGUCAUCCAAGUUGCACGUCUAAGAGUUCAUUUAGCGUCCGUUAUGCGCUGUUGAAGCACAAAGAGUUGAUGCGUAGCGGGUAAUUGGUGGCAUUUGAAAAAAAAAUCGAAAAAAUACGUAAAGUUAAGUUAUAUUUUUAGGUUGACGAUGAAAGCAACAGGAAGGCGGAAUAAAGGGUUUUUCUUGAGGUAUAGUUGCAAUUUUCUGGGGGUUAUUAAAAUGAACGAGUUUAACUAAACGUCAAAGCUUCGGAAAGGCUUAUCUUACCUUUACUUGUUGAAAAAAUACGUGCUGUUAGAAUAUAAUUCUUUUAUAGAACGCAACGUAAGGUCGUGUAGAAUCUUUUCCAGAAUAUUUAUUAAUUGAUGAAUUAUUUAGCUUGUAUUAAUUUAUUUAGCUGAAUGAAUGGGCUUUGUGGAAUGUUUGCCAGGUUUAAAUUGGGUAAAUAUUAGGUCCACGACGCGACGAGUAAACAUCAUUCAAAUAGCUUAGCAUUUCAUACAAAGAUGUCGGCUUCUUUUCUGAAGAUGUUGCUUCAUCUACUUCAAAACUCGUUACUUUGUUUGAAUUCUGUGUUUUGUUCCUCGCCAUCGCGUAGCAGACUGAAUUGACCAUAGAAAACCAGGUAAAAAUCGCGUUUUUUCUCUGCAUGCGCAGAGGUUGACAUUCCCUUUAUGCGUGGCUCAUUCUUCGCAUUAUUAGUGACUUAAGAGUUACAGGCAAGAAAUAUUGCGAUAACUUUAGUCGUGUGGCUCUCCGAACUAAACAUUAUUAGACUGAUGUUGUCCUGAUGCUUGGUUGGUUUGGUUCACCCCGCGGCAGCCACGACCUGACGUAGCCGUUAUUGCUGCGUUAUUGUCCUGAUGCCUUGGUGCCUCAACGCCUCGAUGGCUGCCAAUAGCAAUAUUUCAUAACUUUUACUGCAGAUGAAAUUUUGAGCAUUUCAUUGUCCGUGACCAGAUAUUUUACAACUUGCUUGCAAAGGACGCAUUUUCCUUCGUAUUGACUCCCCAUUCGAUGUCAACGAAAUUUAAAUCUAAUCCUUAUUUACGUUAAAACUUUGUAUUUAAUUACUUAUUUAUUUGUUUUACUAUGUCGCGAAUAUAUGAUUACUGUGUAUCUGUGUUCCUGUGCGAAGAUGGUCUCAAAAGGCUCUUCGUGUAGUAUUGUUCAAGGCUUUCAUGAGGCAACACGUGGCCUCCAUUGAGCUUUACAUCAACAUACGAGUACGUCUGUAGUCUUCGUCUCGCCCGCUUUCUUCAGAGUUGGUCGAAGAUUGGUCUUCGUGUUGCUCUUUAUCCAGAAUAUUGAGCCGUCUACUGGCUGCCAUUCUUGUAAAUGAUAAAGGAAUUACGAGAAUCCGUGCACUCAUAUGUGUUGCUGCAGUAUUUCCAAGCACUCGUGGCGUUCGUUCUCGUUUGUGGAGAUUCGAUCGAUUCUCGACAUCAGUGUAUUCAUUCAUCCAUACCUCCAAUGAUUAGUUUCUAACUUAGGUUGAUAUUGCGUUCAUAAGUUUAAAAAUGCGUACCCAUUGUUUACUGCGAAUAAUUGUUGUAUAGAUAAUAGUGAUAAGAUCUUCGUGGUAUCAAUGUCUGAAAUAGGGUCUUUUAGAGGUCGAACAAGAAUUAAUUCGUGCACUUAACGCAUUGCUAUUCCUACCUCAAUUAUGAAGCUGUCGACUAGCGAAGGGUUUGGUAUAUCUCGGCGUUGUUAUGCCGUCAUCGGAAUGAUUUUAACAGUUUUGGGAAUUCACACCUAAGGCACUAACUUGACUCGUCAGAUGUCGGCUUCUUUUGUUCACAUCUCUAUAGCAUUUAAUGCACUUAAUUAGGUUAAUAAUGCCAAUGCUUGGAAAAAGACAUCGUUUAAAGUUGCUGCGCCUCAAAUGAAAUGACGAAUAAAGUUACUAUGACCAAAUUUGCUUGUAAAGUGAAACGUUAAAAUAUAUGCGAACUGAAAGAUUAUUUUCAUGGCAGGUUAUCGAGAUAUUAGCGACCUGCUGUGUUUUCGACUUGUGUUUGUGUGGAUGAUUUCUUACUAUUUAUUUCCUGGUAGUUGUGGAUGUAAUAUUUUCUACUGUUCUGUGCAUUAUUUACCACUCCUGUGAAUAUACGAGUAUGAGUUUCUUUCUCGCUUGCAUGUAUUUGAGGCAACAUUAGUCGAUGGAAAAUGUAUACCUUUGCUCUCACCUGAGCAGCGCAGUGAAUGAUCUUGAGAGCUGAGUAAAUGUUUUGUUAA